CGCACGUCUAAGUGUUCAAUGUUCUUUGCUUAUAGGCUAUCUAUAAUAAAUUAAUACUACUAUUAUUAUAUAAUAAUUUAUAUUUCUUACUUAAAAGUUUAYAUUUUUACAAUCUUAUUGUAUACUACUUCUAUUUUUAAUUAUUAAAGAUAUAUAGUAAUUUGCUACAGAUAGUAAUUGAKGGAUUUGUAUUGUUUUUUUUUCGCGUUCUCGUACCGUCUCUGUUUCCGUGUUAUGUGAAUUAUUAUAGGUAUCAUGGUGAAACCUUACAAUUUCAAUGUAAUAUUCGUUUAAUCGUUAUUAUUCUUCAAUUAUUGAAUUUAACAAUAACCUGAUCACAUUACAAAUAUAUGGCAUCUGAGUUCUGAUCAGUAUUGGUAUUUUAUCUGUAGUCAAUUAAACCAUUUUAUUGUUUACUCAAUAGAGAGUAACUUUAUUUCACUUACAAUGGAGAAGGAUGAAGCUAAUCGAUUGUAUGAUAUGACCGAUUAUUAUAUUGGACUUGGACUUGCCUUGUCUUCAAGUGGUUUUAUUGGAGCAAGUUUUAUUAUAAAGAAAAAAGCUCUUGUUCAAAUAUCAUUAGGGAGUGGACGAAGAGCAGCUAAUGGUGGAUAUGGAUACUUAAGUAAUUGGUUAUGGUGGUUUGGUUUAUCUAUGAUGGCUUUUGGAGAAGUAUUUAACUUUGCUGCUUACGCUUUUGCCCCAGCUUCAGUGGUUACUCCACUAGGUGCACUUAGUGUCAUUGUUGCAGCAAUAUUGUCAUCAAAGUAUUUAAAUGAACAGCUUAAUUUAUUGGCAAAGAUUGGUUGCUUUAUGUGUAUAAUUGGUUCAACAGUGAUGGUUAUUCAUUCUCCAAAAGAAGAAGAAGUUGACUCCCUUGAAGACUUAUUACAGAAACUUACAGAACCUGGUUUCAUCAUAUACACUAGCAUAAUGUUAGUCAUAAUUUUCUCAAUAUUCUUUUAUUUUGGUCCACGGUAUGGUUCAUCAAAUGUUAUAGUUUAUGUUAUUAUGUGUUCGACUAGUGGUUCAUUAACUGUUAUGUGGUGUAAAGGACUUGGACUUGCUAUACGAGAAACAAUAUCAGGUCAAAGUGAAUUCACAAAUUGGUUAACUUAUAUGUUUAUMAUCUUGUUGAUUACAUUUGUAUGUAUACAAAUGAACUAUUUGAACAAAGCUUUAGACACUUUCAACACGAGUGUAGUUACACCAGUUUAUUAUGUCAUGUUUACAACUCUUGUAAUAACAGCCUCAGCAAUAUUAUUCAAGGAAUGGGAACAUCUGCAUUUAAAUGAUAUUAUUGGUAUYAUUUGUGGAUUCCUUAUAACUGUGACUGCAAUAUUUAUGYUGAAUACAUUCAGAGAUGUGGAUAUGUCACGCAGUCAUUUUGCAUGGCGAGCUCGUCAGCCAAUUACAAGGAAAUCCACAGUUGAAGAAAAUGCUCAGACAUCUGCUCUUAUUAAAAAUAAUACACAAUAUGGCACAAGAAAUGUUUGAAAUUUAAAUAACAACACUAUUAAAUUUAAACUUC